CCCCGGGCCCGCCGGCUGGGUGCCCUGCGGGCCCUCUCGCCCAGCCGCGGAUCACGGAGUCGCGCGCACCGCCCGGCCCGCGGGCAUCCGAGGGUGCCCGGUCUCCCCUCCUUCCGCGGGGUCGCGGGCGCUCGCCGCCCGGCCCGUGAGCCGCGCGCAGGAUGGGCAGGUGCUGCUUCUACGCGGUGGGGACGCUGUCCCUCCUCCUGCUGGUGACCAGCGUCACGCUGCUCGUGGCCCGGGUCUUCCAGAAGGCCGUGGACCAGACGAUCGAGAAGACUAUCGUGCUGAGGAAUGGUUCCGAGACCUUUGACUCCUGGAAGCAGCCGCCUCUGCCUGUGUACAGCCAGUUCUAUUUCUUCAAUGUCACCAAUCCAGAGGAGAUCCUCAGAGGGGAGAUCCCUCGGUUGGAAGAAGUGGGGCCGUACACCUACAGGGAAAUCAGAAACAAAGCGGAUAUUCAGUUUGGCGAUAAUGGAACAACAAUAUCUGCUGUUAGCAACAAGGCCUAUGUUUUUGUACAAAACCUAUCUGUUGGAGAUGCUAAAAGUGACUUAAUUAGAACACUAAAUAUUCCGGCAGUGACUGCCAUGGAAUGGGCGCAGCAAGGCAUCAUCCAGUUGGUCAUCCGGGCCCUGAUAAAGGCUUACCAGCAGGAGUUCUUUGUGACGCACACGGUCCACGAUUUGCUCUGGGGCUACAAAGAUGAGAUCUUGUCCCUCAUCCACCCUUUCAAACCGGACAUCCCUCCCUAUUUUGGCUUGUACUAUGGGAAAAAUGGGACUAAUGAUGGAGACUAUGUUUUUCUAACUGGAGAAGACAAUUACCUUAACUUUUCAAAGAUUGUGGAAUGGAAUGGAAAAACGUCACUUGGCUGGUGGACAACAGACAAAUGCAAUAUGAUUAAUGGGACAGACGGUGAUACUUUCCACCCACUAAUAACGAAAGACGAAGUCCUUUAUGUCUUUCCAUCUGAUUUUUGCAGGUCAGUGCAUAUAACUUUCAGUGACUAUGAGAGUGUACAGGGACUGCCCGCCUUUCGGUUUACGGUGCCUGACGAAGUAUUAGCCAACACCUCCGACAAUGCCGGCUUCUGUAUACCCACGGGAAACUGCCUGGGCUCAGGAGUUCUGAAUGUCAGCAUCUGCAAGAACGGUGCACCUAUUAUUUUAUCCUUCCCACACUUCUACCAAGCAGAUCAGAGUUUUGUGUCUGCCAUAGAUGGCAUGCAUCCAAAUAAGGACCAUCACGAGACGUUUGUGGACAUCAAUCCUUUGACUGGAAUUAUCCUAAGAGCAGCCAAGAGGUUCCAAAUCAACGUUUAUGUCAAAAAAAUAGAUGGCUUUAGUGAGACGGGAGACAUCAGAACCAUGGUCUUCCCAGUGAUGCACGUCAACGAGAGUGUUCUCAUUGAUAAAGAGAUUGCAAGUCGACUAAAGUCUGUGAUUAACACUACGUCCAUCAUCAGCAACAUCCCCUACAUUGUCAUGGCGCUGGGUGUGUUCUUUGGUUUGAUCUUCACCUGGCUUGCCUGCCGAGGACCGGGAUCCAUGGAUGAGGGAACUGCAGAUGAAAGAGCACCCCUCAUACGAACCUAACCCUGGCCUAAACUUAGCGAAGGAACCGUGGUGAGCUGUCCUGAUCUGGAUCAGACGUGGGGAAACCGUCGCAUCCUCACAGGCUCCUUGCCUGUUGAGAGAAGGAAGGGGACCAGAACUGGCAAGUGAUGAGAGCAUUUGGCUGGAGCUCAAAGAACAGGCUGGUGUUAGCCACUGGGCUCUAUCAGAUCCGUGGUCUCUGAUGAAGGGUUUUGUGUUUCAUGUGUCUAGCAGGUAUUUAAUAAAGUCUUGUAUAGUAAUUUUAUUGUUGUUGGGUGCUGCUAGCUCCAGAAUUUUGUGACCACUGUUGUGGUUAUAAUGUCUGCGUCACUUGUUAAUGCUACUUGGUCUAACCUUACUCAGUAUGCUUCAUUCACUAAACUUUGUAUUGUAUUCCUCCAUUCAUGUCACCCCAAAACCAGAAAUAAAUAAGAGUUCGGAGCCCAGGGUAAAAUGGUAGCCUUGUUGAGUACAUCAUUCAAAUGCACCCAAUUUCCUCUUUUAAAGAAGUUAUAUAUUGCAUUUUAUGUUAAUUGUCAAUUCAUAAUUCCUCCAGGAAAAUAAUUUGGUCUUCUGACUGCUUUCAUACCUGAUAAGAACCAAGUGGGGAAGGGGGUGGGUGGAGUGAGGCACCUAAUGAGUCCAUAGUGAUAAACACCUGAGGAUUUUUCACGUGUACUUUUGUGAACUGAAAGAAUGCACAGAUAAUGUUGGUGAGGACAGUGCAGAUAUUUCAUAUAGAGUAGAACUAAAUGCUAGUUCUGAGAUUUGUGGAUAACUUAUUUUUCCGUUGAAAUGAUCUUGAUGUGGAAAGGUGCUCCUGGGAGAAUGUAAUCAAUAACUGACACCCCCUCCCCCCCCCCAUCACCCUUGCUAAAUAGGACACUGUAUUAAUUACAAUAUUAUUUGUAAAAUUAUUUAUGGGUAUAGGAAAUCCAUGCAUCUACAGCCUAAGUGGCACAUACAUUUCAGGAAGUCUGACUACACUAAAGAGACAUUUCUUUUGGGACAGUGUUCUUGGUUACUUUGAAAUUGUUUUUAUAAGUUGUUCUUCUUUUCUCGGGUUUGGUUCCUUUUGUUGUUUUGUGACUCACUGUCACUUACUGAAGAGAGAAAAUGUGCCCUACACUUCCUGUGACAAUCAUCUUGCUGACAGAAUGACACUAUUUUAAAAUAUUGCACAGAAAGUGUUUUAUAAAGGUCCCCUGGGACCAGAGCAAAGUCACCUCUCUUGAGAAGACCUUUUGGUUUCCAGUGUGAUCGAAGUCAGAGGACUGGGAACCAUCCUAUGUCACAGAAUUCAAGCUUAUUUAAGGGCAAUUCUUUUAAUUCUCAAAGUUUAAUAUUAGUUUUUGGUUGAAAAAUCUACACAGUUAUCUGGCAAAGUGCACACAGAAUUUCUUAACAGCUGAAUAAGUCUACAGGAGUUGUUUAAAACUGGAUUUCAGUGUAAGCAAAUGAAGGGGAAAAAGCCAUGGAUUUCACAAAUACAGCCUCUGAUCCCUGUAUGGGGUAAUAAAUCGCUUUAGCUUAUUUGCCCUAAUUUCCCCUCUGUACACUAAAGCAACAUGUAAUAUGUUUCCCUUCUUGAAGGGGCAAUUUGUUAAAAUCUUAACAUCUCUAUAAAGUAAGAUAGAACCUAUAGUUACCCCAAAUCAACAAAAUGUGAAAAACUAAUUUGAAAAUAUUUUAUCUUCAACAAUGCCAAAUAUCUAGAUUUUUAAAAAUUUAUCAAUAUUUAACUAGAUAACUGGCAUAUCUUGUUCUUUUAUGCAUCCACUUAUCCACACUAAUAAACCUGAUAAGCCAGUGUAUUCUCAUUAGUUCAUCCUAUUAUCAGGAUAUAAUCAUCUGUGAGGAGGAAAUUUUUAGUGUGAAUGUUAACAGUUAAUGAUAUAUACCUUUAGACUGAAUCCACAGACAGGGAGACCAAAACCAUAUUAUUUCUAUAUGAUUCUUAAGUUACUUGGCUUAAAAUCACAUUUGAUAUUUACCUUCUGAGAAGUCUGUGGCAAACCCAUAAGCUACAGUCAAGAUUAUAGAUUGAUUAAGAGGCCUGAAUGUGCUACCUACUUGGUUUUAGAUGAAAAUAACAAAUUAUUCCUCAUGCUCACUCUCUCGGAGCCAUUUUCCUGGAAAGACCUCCAAAAUCUUUGUGAUUGUCACAAUCACAGAACACCGGUGUCCUGUAUUAUGAUACUCAACUUAGGGAGAAAGCAAUCCGAGAGAGGUUACCUCACUUCUCUUAAGGAAAAUUAGGAGUUGAACACAGGGCAGGAAGUAGGAUUGGCCACUUUUAGCUCCAGGUUUUCCCCCGUAGGCUUUAUUUCCUCACUUCUAGAAAGAUCACUAAUGGUCUAAUGGAGCAAGUACUAUACCACUAACCCCUAUUGGGGCUUUUACUUAAGGGAGGCUAAUUUUUUAUUUACAUUGCGCGAGAUAUGAGUUCUGCAAAAGGUGACCUUCAUACUUGGCCCUCUAGGUGUUAUUACUGGAGUUAAUUGCUUGUGGCUGACCUGAAUGCUCUUCAUGUAGCUUGUAUAGUUGGUUCGUUUCAUGUGAUUCUUGACAUGUUUACUUCUACCCUUAAUGCAAUGAAGUAUUUCACUAAUAAAAAAAACAU